GGUACCUAGGUAGGUACCCACCUACCUCUAUAGCGCUUUCUGUAGUUGCUGUAGCAUGCAGGUAUAGGGCCUACUCUGGGCCUACCUAGGGAUAAGAUAUAGCACUCAUCCCUACCUAGGUACCUACCUACAACACCCAAGCAGCUUCAAGGUGUUGACAAUCAAUUGCUUAAGCAUUCAGCGACGUUUCUAUAAAGAUGGCCUCCCCGAGAUUUACUCCCACCAGGUUUGUCCGAUCUGUCUUGAAGUCAUUCAUGGCAGAGUCCGGGCUAGAACCGAGGCUAUUGGGGGCUAAUAUAAGAGUUACAAAUGCCGUCCGUGGCAAGGUUGACUUUGAGCUGGAUAUCACGAAAGAUCAUACGAAUCGACUCAAAAUAUUGCACGGAGGCACGAUUGCCUCAAUGGUCGAUCUAGGAGGCUCGCUUGCUGUGGCAUCUACUGGACUUUACAACACCGGUGUAUCAACUGACCUCAACGUCUCAUACCUGAGUGGUGGUGGCAGAGUUGGUGAUAAAAUUACAGCUACAGCUGUCUGCGACAAGAUCGGGAAGACUUUGGCAUAUACGUCUGUGACCUUCCGAAACAGCAAAGGCGAACUCGCAGCUAGGGGGAGCCAUACAAAGUAUGUAACGCACGCGGUCAAGGCCCAACACGAGAUUUUCGUUCCACCCAGACAUGCUGAGAUCGCCGAUGAUGUAUAAGGUGAAUAUAGCAUGAAAACAGCGCCUGGUCAUAUUAGCAUAGGUAUAGAUAGAUAUAUGUAUAUCAAAUCAUAAACCUUGUGAAUCGCGGUAAUCAAUAUAGAUGGAGUUCAAGUUUUUGCCUGCUCGGUAUCCUCACUGCUUGAGAUGCUCACUAAGACAAAUAUAAAUAAAAGAAUAUGUAUAACCCGUGGUCGAGAUAAGUGAACAAACAUAGUGUGCUUAUAAAGCAUCCAAACUUGAAUAAGAAAUCAAUGAAUCAAUCAUCUUGUGCCUUCAAUGAAUUCGCAAGCAAUGGUGGCCCUGACUCAAGCCCCUAUCCUCUUCC